AUGGCACACUUGUCUUGUUUAUUUGAACAUUACUGUAGUACCAAAUGUGAUUUUUCCUCGCCGGGAGGACAACGACUCAUACCCCUAACUUCGUGCAUGGAUACCAUAAAAGAACACUUGAGAGACGUCAAUGUAUCUCAUAGAUGCGUUUCCUCCGAGAAAGAGCUUAUUUUAGCUCGUGUUGGCUUAUUUGGAGGUUCUGAAGGCCACUAUUCCACGGUAUGCACUAAACAUCGUGCACGACUUGGUGUGAGAUUUAGACCUUCGACUAAAUGCCAGCAUCCCCUCCAUGGAAAUCGGAGAGGUAAGGUUGAGAGAGGAGUAAAUCUGAAGAUGGCACGAGAAGUCAAAGCAAAGUGGAACACUGUCGUUUCAGUUGGUGCGGGUAAUUCAUUAUUGCAUUUUGCGUCAUCAUGUAGUGUGACGAUAGGUUUUUCUCGCCCAAACUGGGAAACUGAAUCUUCGCGGACGGUGCAAUAACAACUGGGGGAACUAACUCUGUAGAGACGACUUGGCAGCGAGAACGGAAACUCGUCACGAUUUCCUGGUACACGGAGAUCUGCUUCGAGCGAGCUUAUACGGACGUCAAGGAUAAGACAAUCUUUGGUUCCACAGUACUUUUAUUCUAGGUCAGGCCAACAAGCGACAUGACCUCUAGCAUACUCUAGUUUGUAAUCAUCAAAGCUGUACAAGGUACUUGCUUAAGAAGUAACUGGUGCGAAGUGCUAUUGUUACACGAAUCGCAAUAUUUGGAUAAGGACACAAAGGAGCGGAAAAAAGUCUCUUUGAAGCUAAACAAAAACUACUUAAAUAUUCCAUCUGUUUCUACGACGGAAAGAAUCUCAAAAUUAAAAAGACGGAUGUAAUAAACUCUAGGCCAUUAAAGUAGGAAACCUAGGUGAGAAUUUACAGCUCUGAUAUAGAAAACAAUACCUAUCUUAAUUGCAGCAGCGCAGCUUAGGAAAUAGAAAACGGAAAAUCAAUUAAAAGUUUCUGCUUAUUUGCGCAAGAUUGGUUUGGAAACCAUCGCAUGAAAAGAAAUUAAAUCUACGCGUUUAAACUCAGCUGCUAUCUACCAUGAAAACCAAUGUUUCCAGAAAGACCAUUAACACUUAUAUUUACCUAAAAAACCCAUGUACUAGAUGGCAAAAGUGCCGACGAGCAGGCGCAUAGUAAAAGCGAGUAAUCGAUAAAAAUCCAUUCUAAAAGCCACUGUGGUUUUUGUACAUUUUUAUUUAACUACCAAGGGAAAAACCCGAAUAACCGAAUAUUUCAAAUGUAAAAGUAUAUGAAUAUAUUUUUAAGAUGUUUAUCCCAAAACCCACGAAAACCCUAAGUACAAUAUUUUUGUGAUAUGUCAACAAUUUACUUUUUCUGGUUAUAACUAAUUUGAAUAAUCAACAAUUUGAAUAGAACAACUCGUUCACCAUUCUUUACCGCUCAACCGGUCGAGUAAAAGAACGAACAAAAUACAGAACUGGGUCUAAACCGAUAAAUAAAUAUAGAAUUUGUCCUAAAGCUAAAAUAUAUAAUUUUUCCCCCUAACAUUCCUCCCACCUUAGAUCGAGACCUCCCGGUCGAGGGAAAGAACGAUGAACGAGGGAACAAAAAAAAAAAUAACGAUUGCAAAUAUGGAAAUACGAUGACGAAAGUCUAUAUAGAAAAUGUUCCUGGAGGCCAGGUUAUGGCCGUAAAGUGAGGCAGUUAAGCGAGACCUUGCUCAGCGAGCCAGCGGGCCAGUCGUACGGCUUUCUGGCAGAUCGACCAGGGCUGGGUUGCCGGACAGAGCUGCGUAAGUGGCGGGCAGUGCAGGUCUUCCAAGUUCCUUAUGUGAAUGCGGAGCUCCGGGAAAUGGACUUGCUGCAGGAGGUCUGCGAAAAGAUUGACCUUUUGAAGGCCCUUGGUCCACAAUAUGAGCGUGGCUGGGGCGGCGUUUCCCGCCUCCAUCCAAUCGAGCAUGGUAAUCUGAAGGAAGGUCUGGAGGACGACGCCCGUAGAGGUGGGUGGUAAGCCCGUGGAAUGGAGUGGAAACCCAUGAUGGGCCGUCUGGUGCGCAAUCGUUCGGAGUGCAGCUGCACUGUCCGGUACAAUGCGUGUGCUGUCGAACACACGGCUGCCCGAAGACCGCGUCCUCGGACAGGCGAAGGCCAGGGCCUUAAUAUGGAAUGGUCCAUCGCCAUGUUGGAAGCCGGCCAGUUCAACGGUAAGAGAGAGCGUUGCCAUGGGUGGUUGAUUUCUUUGGUUGUGAAUCGUAAGCGAAGAUGUCUAAAGACUGUUGUGGCUCAAGGUCUCAAGUGAACGGGGUUAUAUGGCAUUAGGAAAGAAAGGAAGAAAGGAAACACAUGGCAUACAAGGGAAAGUGAAAAGCGAGGUGACUUGUGAAAAAUAAACACAUAGGGGAUGAAUGUAGAACAGCUGGAUAGUCGUGAAAAGGGCAAAUGGAGAACGUGGUCCAGGAAAAUAAAACAGGGGUUAUAACUAAAUAAACACAUGCUGGCUAAAUGAGGGUGUUGGGUUGCGUUGGCCGGCAUGCAGGGAAUAAACAUGAGUUGUUGGAGUCGGUUCCUUGUUGUGAAAGAGGGAACAAAUGGAAGUUAGGGACAAGAAACCGAGAGGAGGGCAAUCAAGUCGAAGUACCUUGAGUAGAGGUCAGAGGGCGUAGUUCCAGCGAAUUUGGUGGGGUAACUAAGGUGGGGGCGCGUUUGACAUAACGACAAUAAAACACGAUUAAAAUAAUUAAAUUGAGAAUGGUUAACACAAAGGAAAAAUAAACGAACACUGGCGAUAAUUUGACGUGGGAUACUGGAUGAAUAGCCUGAAUGUCGUUGUUUAGGUUUUGUAAGCGACGUGUCAAAUCCAGAUCAAGUGUAUUAUACGUGUCGUCAAGAGACUUAAGUGUACUAUUGUCUACGCGGACAGGAGUGGGAAUAGAGAAGUUUUGAGGGGGAUACAGGGGUAAAUCGUUCGAACGGAGUGGCACCCAGGGAACAAACUGAAAUUGAUGAUUAUGGAACAGGGGAAAUUGAAAUCGGAUAAGGUCUGGGCAAACCCCUAGUCCCGUGCGUUGUUGAUGAAAGGACACAUCACAUGGGAAAUGGUAAAUGUGAAAAGGUUGUAACAAUAGGGAGGUGGUGCCAUUGUUAGUUUGGAGGGGUAUGUUAUUUAGAGUGGUAGACAAAUAAUACCGUCCACCAAGGUGAAUGAGAGGGCGUAGGGUAUUACAAUUAGGGAGAAGAGUGUGAGCAUGAUUAAAAGUAAAAGGCGAGUUUGAGGCGUCCACUUGAGACCUAACCAAAGUGGAUUUUCUAAAGUGGACAACAUAUUGGCUGGACAAAGGAGAGCGGUCUCCCCCUUAAAGCAUUGUUCUAAUUCGGCUUGUUUGAGAACAUACCUCGUGUUGUCACACGUUAACAAAACCAGAUCAUGUCGCGUAAGUGAGCCGCCAAAACACUUCCCGUUGAUUUGGUAGGACAAUGGGACCAACUGCUCAAUUGUACAAAUGGCUUGUUGUGUGUCCAAUGUUGGGAGAGUAAACAAUAGGUGUAAUUGUAGGUUUCUAGAAGUGGAGAGCUGGUAAUCUACCAACGGCUCGAUAAUCAGUGGAAAACCAUCCUUUAGGGCAUCAACAGUGUUGGCAAGAGCGGAGACAGAGGAAAGUUUGAUGGUCAACUCGGUACUGAGAAACCCCGGAAGGUCAGCGAAGCUGACCAGGUUCUUUCGAGAAAGGUGUGCCAGCUGGCGCAACAAAUCGUCAAUUUCCGUCAAGCGUAACAAAGCAAUCAAAGCUUUGUUUACUUCCAUUGUGUAGAUCGAUGUGAAUUCUUGAUGCAAAUUAAAGUGACAGUUUUGAUCCUUUGCAUAUUCAGCAAAGCGUGCGUUCCAUCCAGAGUAAGCACCAGCCAUUAAAUUAAGAGAGUGGAUGACUUGGUUGAGUUUUGAGCUUAACAUAUCUGUAGUCUUUACCAGAUAGACGGUUUUUCCAUAAAGAACGUGCAUCAUGAGCUGGGCAGAAUGCAUGGCUCCUGCGGUCUCGCGUAGAGUUGUCAAAAGCCCAGCAUAGUUGUUAGUUUCGCAAUGUCCUCCGGCGAGUUUGUAGAAAAACCGUGCGAGGCCCGCUAGUCCUGCAUGGCAAAACCAGCUAGAGCGGCGUUUCCUAGAGUGAGUACUGGCUAACCAAGCGCUUUCUUGAGGAGAUGAAGUACGACAAUCGCGUAAGGCCCAUUGUUUACAGUCGUGCAGGUUAUUUGCAUAGUGUCUUUUUUGACAUUGCAAGGUCGAUUGUAAACCGGUGACAUAAGCGUAGAAACGGCGUAAGUAAGAGUCGCAUUCUAGGAGAUCUGUAACGCCCUGAACUGAAAGAAGGCGGUUUGUAGCGCGUUGCACCCCACGAAUAGACGCAAGAACGCGAUCAUAAAACUUAGCCAGUUCGGGAUCACAAGUAGAAUUUAUUAUAACCGAUUCUCGCUUUGGGACGUGUGGUAGGUCCAAAUGCGUACUGAUGAGCUUGGUUUCACGAUAGAAAACCAAAGCCUUCGGAUUUGUAGCUAUCAUCAUCGCGUUAGGAUAGAACGAGACUUGUCGACCAGUCGCAUCAUAAUCACUUCCGGUUCCGGUACAUACCAGGGCGAAGAUGAACAAUAAAAAUAACCAGAGACGGGUCGUGGGGUUACGUGUCAUCCCAGAGUGAACUUCAGGGGAGAGGGCUGGAGCCAACCCAACUCGUUGGGGAGGGUCAUUUGCCACUGGCAGGGCUGUUGAGGGGGCGACUGGGGUGGAAUUCGGUUGCAGGUCCCUUGCAAUUUCGUGGUUGAGCUGAGGGACUGGUGGGUCGCCCGAUUCGGUGCAGCUUACAUGAAGAGUGCACAUAGGGUCGCUCAGCGGUUUGUUUUGACGGGAGAUAUUUCUCUCUCGACCGGUAAUAACAGCAAUGACGGGACUAGAAGAGGGACUUUCCGGCCAGGAAAGUAAUGCCACCGUGUUAGGAGAGUAAUCAGGGUCAACAUCGAGGCGUUUUGCUCGUGGAUGUUUCUUGUAGAAGCGCUCGAGAAGUCGCUUGUCCAAAAUAUUCUCUGCGACUUCCCACGUGUUUUGACUAGGCGGGAAACCCAACCACUUGAUUUGGUAUUCGGGCUUACCAUUUCUUAGACGCUGGGAGACAAUUUCUUCCGCAGAAUAGACGUUAUCCAUAUCAACUUCUUCUUCUUCUGAUUCCUCGUCCUCCUCAGAGGUAUUUUCGUUUGCUAAUUCAGGGCCGUCGUUCGGCGCUGGGGGCUGGUCAGCGGUGUCGUCCGCGUUGGUUUGGUCACUGGCGAAACUGUCAUCGGGGAGAUCGCUAUCGAGCAAAUAAGGCUCAUCAAUGUCCUCGGGCGGUUGACGGAUUGGGCGCGAAGCAGGAUCAACAUAACGCUUCAUUCGUGCCACAUGGACCGUUGUAGAAAUGCGUCGGUUAUCCAUGGCUCUUAAGACGCAGUGGACGGGUGAAAGGAACUCGACGAUACGAUAAGGGCCAUGGUAGUUAUGAGCUAACUUCUUGGAGAGCCCCUUUCGGUUCUUAGGAGUAUAAACCCAUACCCUAUCUCCGACAGCGAAAGGUGGCGACGAGGCAGUAAGGUCAUGGAGUUCCUUCAUUUUCUGUUGUGCUCGUUGGGUAUUUUCGGCGGCGAUUCGCCUAACUCUUUCCACAUGCUCGACAACACGAGCCCUGUGCUCGGCGACGGACACAGACAUUUCUCUAGGGGAAUCAGGGCGGUGUCCAUAGGCAGUAGGGGUUCUCGGCCAUACAACAUGUAGAAGGGAGAUUCCCGGUGACCUCUGAGGGUGAAACUCUAUAGGCGAAUAGGACGGAAUUCAAAUGUUGAUCCCAGUCCUUUUGGUCGCUGCUGACGUACAUAGAAAGACUCUGAGCUAAGGUGCCAUUGAAUCGCUCAACUAAACCAUUAGUCUGUGGUCUGUAUCCACUGGUAAAUAUCUUCUCAGUGUUCAUUAAGAAGCAGACUUCUCGGAACAGACUGGAAAGGAAAUUGGACCCGCGAUCUGACAAGAGCACGCGUGGCGCACCGUGACGACUAACAAUCUCCUUCACGAAGAUCUCAGCAACUGUUUUUGCCUCAAUAUUUGGAAUGGCGAAGGCCUCGGGCCACUUGGUGCACAUGUCAAUGAAGACCAGAAUGUAGCGGUUGUUGUCGUGAGUUACUGGCCAUGGCCCACUAAUAUCACAGCUUACUUUCUCGAACGGUGCCUCAACGGGAAUGGGAAGUAAUGGUGAAGUUUGUCGCUGUCUUGGGGUCUUCUUCAUUGCACAGUGCUCACAACUCAAACACCAGUGUUGAACAUCCAUGUACAUCUUGGGCCAAAAAUAACGCUCGCGGAGCUUGGCAUAGGUUUUGUUUACUCCCAUAUGACCACCAGUUGGGAGAUCGUGUACGUUUACAAGUACCUCAUGGCGUAGCGAGGCGGGGACCACGAGCUGCGAUUUGGGUGUGGACGACCGUUUACCCCCUGGAACCCAAAUGUGGCACAGAAUUCCCUCAGGAUCCAGGUAGUACUGUUCAAUCGUAUACAAGAGCUGCUUGGCUGCUUUACUCUCAUUGGGAAGCUCCUCGAACUCCAGGUACUCAAUUAUAUCGGCGAGAGCGGGGUCUCUACGCUGUAGGUCGCGGAUCUUCUCGGUUUGAACUCCACCCUUAUCAAGAGGGGCGAUAAGGUUAUCAUAAUCUCGUCGAGAGAGGGCAUCUGCGUUUCCAUUGCUUUUACCCGAACGAUGAACAAUGUUAAAGUCGUACUGCUGGAGGAGUACAGCCCAACGAGCAAGUCGCCCAGUUGGUUCCUUAAUAUUCAUCAGCCAACGCACUGCAUUAUGGUCGGUAUGAACGGUAAAUCGUCGGCCAUAGAUAUACGGCUGGAAAUACUUGAUGCCUGCGACAACGGCGAGGGCCUCUCUUUCCGUCACACUAUAAUUCUUUUCUGCGGGCAGUAAUUUGCGGCCGCUGUACGAAAUGACAACUUCACGACCGUUUUGUACUUGUCCUAGGACCAUUCCAAGAGCUUCAUCACUCGCAUCAACGUAGAGGUCAAAGGGAAGCGUGAAGUCGGGGUAAGCCAAAAUGGGGGCCUGGAUCAGAGCGGAUUUGAGGCGUUCAAAGGCUGCUUGGCACUCGUCGGUCCACUGAAACUUUAAGGCUUUCUUGGUGAGGUCAUGUAACGGGCCAGCAAUCUUGGCAAAAUCCUUGACGAACUUCCGGUAAUAAUUGGCUAGGCCCAGGAAAGCGCGAACGUCCUUCACUCUGCGGGGAACUGGGUACUCCUUGAUAGCUUUAAUCUUGCCGGGGUCUGGUUGCACUCCAUCUUUGGAAAUGACAUGUCCCAAGAACUUAACGCUCUUCUGUCCAAAAUGACAUUUCUUUGGCUUGAGUUUAAGACCAGCUUCGCGGAAACGGUCAAACACUAGGCGUAGAUGAUCCAAAUGAUCGCGGAAAGUACGGGAAUAAACCAGUACGUCAUCCAGGUAUAUCAGCGCUAUCCGCCAGUUCAGACUCCGCAACACGCACUCCAUCAACCGCUGGAAACAACUAGGAGCAUUACAAAGUCCAAACGGCAUUACAUUGAACUCGAACAACCCGGCGUGGGUAACGAAGGCUGUCUUCUCGCGAGACUCAGGUUCCAUCUCGAUUUGCCAAUAACCCGACAUCAGAUCCAUGCUGGAGAAGUACUGGGUACCAAAGAGGGCAUCUAAACUUUCGGCGAUGCGCGGUAGGGGAUAGGAAUCCUUCUUUGUGAUAUCGUUCAGGGCGCGGAAAUCCACGCAAAACCUAUCAGAACCAUCGGGCUUCUUAACAAGCACCACUGGACUGGCCCACGGUGAGGCUGAGGGGCGGAUGAUCCCUUGUUCUAACAUUUCAUCAAUGCAAUUCUCUAUUCUUUCCUUCUGGGCUUCUGGUACACGAUAAGGUCGCAUCCGGAUAGGAGGGGCACCUUGAGUAUUUAUAGUAUGCUGUACCCAGUUGGUUCUUCCAAGCUCCUGUGGGGACAGGGCAAAGAUAUCCCUGUAUUCAUUGAUGAGGUUCUGCAGCUGUGCUUGCUGUGAACUGGUUAGAGCAGAGGUGGAGAAAUCAACUGGAACGUCUGGAGCGUCGGUUUCAAGUUCUCGUUUCUUGUUGGGUUGGUCAUCGAGGCUGAAAAUGUGUGAAUUCGUAUCCAAUCUGGUAAUUAUUCCCAGGUUGCCCCCCUUUAUAAAAAAAAAAAGACGGGUCUACUUGUCGGAUUAAUCAGGCGAAAUGGGAUGGUAUGGAGAGCAGUAAUCCUGACCAAAGCUGAAGCACCUUGAAGCUGAUAUCGUUCCAUAAGGUGUUGAGAGGGCUCUAUUAUUCCAAAACGCCCAGGGGGAAAUUCCACGUCCAACUUCGCUGGAAUCACUGAUUCUGAAUUGGGGGGUAUAACAGCGAGGGCCAUCGCUCUUACUGGACAAUAUGUAUCGGUAAUGUACUGGUCUUCAGGAAUUUUGUCUAACUCUAAUGUUCCUUUCUUUAAGUUUAUGACCGCGCCGUUGACCCUCAGGAAAUCUCGGCCCAUAACAGCCUCAUAAGUCAGGUUUUUAACCACUUGGAGCUCACAGGGGUAUAUUCCUCCAGCAACAUGAAGCGAAUCUUUAAGCAGUCCAAGGACUGGGAGUGUCUCGCCACUAACUGUCGUUAGGUCGCUAAGCUCACUCUUCUGCAAUUUGGGUAACUUUCCGUCAAACAGACCUCGCAGGAACUGUUCGUCAAUGACUGACAUGCUUGCCCCAGUAUCAACAAGUAUCCAAAGGUCCUUCCCAUUUAACUGGGCGGCGGCCGUUAGUGGACGUGGUCUAGAUCCAUCAGAAGUAACGUGACAUUGGUCAGCGGUAUUUUGGGUUGGUUCACACGGGGCCUGGUCAGGAGCUGGGUCGCUGGGUGGCGAAUUUUCCCCAUAGCCGGCGAAGAUACUUGGUGAUGGAGAGGGAUCUGGAGCCAGGUCAACGCGUUCGGAUUUACAUCCGGCGGAAGUACUAGGCUGUGGCAGCGAGGAAUCUGGAACGGAGUUUUCGGUUUCAGUUCCACAUCCGGCGGAAGUAUUAGGCUGUGGCAGCGAGGGAUCUGGAACGAAGUUUCCGGUUUCAGUUCCACAUCCGGCGGAAGUACUUGAGUGUCCAGCGGAAGAGUCUGGGGCUGGUUGGACUAUUUCUGUACUUUCGGGGUUCGAAAUAGUGUUAGCGGCGGCAUUGCCCAUUGCUCCCGUACAACGCGUUGUUUUGUUAGACGUUCUAAUCCCAGUGGUCUCGCACUUCUCUCGGCACUCAAGAUCUAUUUUCUUCUUGGGUUCUACUUUCUUCUCUUCCUUAUGGAGUUCACUUGUACCCAGUGAACGGACAGCCACAUCCGGUUUGGCUUGGGCCUUGGUUUCCAGGCUUCCUUGAGUGACGUUUUUAGCGGGGUCAGCGGUCGAUGCUUUGAGGGCCUCAUUAUUUGCAUACGCGUGCUUGUAAUGUGGCUGCAUAUCGUCCGAUUGUUGUUUUGAGGCUGGGAAGAACUCGCUCGUUAGCGUAUUGUAUGCCACUUUGUCUUCUCUGGCUACUUCUCGGUGGGAUCGGAGCACAUUUUGGCGCUGCUGGAAAAUUUCAUUGUCGACUUGCGGGUCGUUCCUGCCUGAGUUCAGUCCUGGGAACUUUCCUUCACUCUGUGGAAAUAUAUAACAAGUGCCAUUGUGUGCUAAUGGUGCCAUGUGGCUGUGUGGAAAAGCUUCCUCGUUAACAGUGGCUGAAUUAAGAACUCUUGGAUCCAAGGGAACCAAUCCAUCACGUCGCUGUGAUUGAUACCCAGAUCUCGGAAGAUUAUUAUCAGGCGGCUGACGUCGCUGCUGGUGCGGUUGGUAACGAUCAAAAUUUUGAUUCGCCUCGCGUGAAUAUCUCUGGUUGCAGUUCUGCUGUACAUGGCCAACUCUACCGCAAGAAUAACAAACUGGUCGUCCUUCUCGCGUUCGCUGUCUUGGAAGUUCGGCUUCACGGUUGGGUUGUUGGUGUCUGGCAAGACCAUUUAUUCGGGCGUCCAUGCGCCUGUCAAGGUUUUGUAUCAUGUCCAAUAAAGUGUCCUUUAUCUGGCGAAUUUCUUUGAAUACAUCGCGUGUUUCUGGGCCCCCGGCUGAAUAAGCUGCUAGAGGCGUAACUCGACUACCUUCCGUUUUCCUGGCAGCUUUUUCGAGCUGGUCAAUUCUGGCUAGCAGAGCUUCUACUUGGUGAACACUGGCCUCGCUAGUGAAUCCAUUUACCAGGGCGUCGAGUUUGGCCAAGGUAUGGUUUUCUGGUGCGGGCGGAUCAGGCUUGGCGAGAAUCCUUUGUUGUUUAAGCUUCUCGUCCAACAUUUCUAUUUUAGCUAAUAUGGCGCUGUUGGGGACGUCCAUGGAACGUGACAAAUUAUGUAUCUGGGCUGUCAUAUUGCCAUCAGGAGCAUUGUUCAUGGUCGUUUUGACCGCACACGCCAACCUGGCCAUUUCUUCAGCUUCGCGGAAUGUUCUGGGCUGUUUCAAAAGCACAGUCUCGCGUAUUUCUGGUCUCAAUCCUUGGACGAAGUAACGCAUCUUAUCGGCAUCUGCUAUUUUAAGCCGACGAAACUUGUUCGUUAAAUCAGUUAGGUAUGUGUCUAAGGAUUCCAUGGCGCCUUGCUGACGAGUGGAAACAGCCUGCCAAAUUAUCCAGCUCUGAUUGUCAUUAGCAAAACGAUCCCUCAAGGAAUCACGCAGGCCUGCGAAGCUAGCUUUCUCUUCAGGAGUCAGAGAAUAAUAGUAAUCCUCGGCUGGGCCAGCAAGGUUCAUGACCAACUCUGCCAAAGCUGUGGGGCUGGCUAAGUCAAUUCGACGAAGCUUCAGGUAAUUUUCUAUCUUGUCUAACCAUCGGUUAAUAUCUUCAGUAUCAUAGCCAUGAAAUGGGGGUGGUCUGUGUGUGCUUGAAACCUCUGGUAGGGGUGUUUGUGCCAAUGCGCUGGCUGUUCGUUGUUGCGCUUGAGACUGUAGAUUUAAUUGGGCUCGUAGCACUUUUAUUUCGUCCUGCAUUUCUCUCAGUAAUUCAGCUUCCAUCGUUGCGAAGUGUCGUUGUUCAGUCUCGCUGUUUAUGUCUUCGCAGGAUUCUAAAUUUUCUUCUUGUUCGUCUUCACUAUUUGCUGUAUUAUCUUCGUUUCCUUCCUCUUCGCUUCCUUCGCUAGAACUUGACUCGAAGCGAAAUCUUCUUUGUGGUGCUGUUUGUUUUGGUUCUGUGUAAUUUAUGCUUUUUCGCACCAACGCGUCAAAAUGCUCUGGUGAAUUAAUUAUCUGCAAAAAUCUUCUUUCUAGGGAUUCGUCGACCUCGGAAUCGCUGGUUUCCUCAACUUCUAAAUCGGUUCGGGGACCGUGAUGUGACUGACUGGACUGGUUUGGGAUGAAAUCUUCGGAUGGACUUGCGUCGCUCUCUUGACGCGGAACAAAGGAGGUCGUUGGCUCUGGUAAACUUUGCUGAACAAUGGAUGGGCCUUCACACGGAUCAAUACUAAUAUCGAUCGCUUCGGUAUUCGUUCUGUUGACUGGAUUCUGUUCGGAAAAUGCGGUGGAAAAUCUCGGAAGGCCGUUGGACUGAAUAGGUUCUAUUUCUUCGCUGGAACUGGUGACGUGUGCCGUGGGCGGCAAGGAACUUGGGUGGAAUGGUAAUUCAAAUGACAAAGUACAAUUUUCUUCUUCAGACAAAGAAGCCUGCACUUCUCUGUUUACUUUUGGCGUACUAUUUCUGGCAACGGGAACGGCUGAUUUUCGGCUUCUCAAAUUAUAACGCGGCAAACUUUUCGUAAAAACUCUCUUCACGGACUUCAUAAAGAGACAAAGAAUUUCUGAUACUCACGUAACUUGAGCGGUUCUUUUCUUGUCGGCGCUCAAGGGAUUACAUCGGCUGGCGUGAAACUGGAUUUGGCGUCUUCUUUGACCUUGUUAACGUCCUGGAAGCUCCAAGAAGUGCCCGGGUCCUCCACCACUGUGACGAUAGGUUUUUCUCGCCCAAACUGGGAAACUGAAUCUUCGCGGACGGUGCAAUAACAACUGGGGGAACUAACUCUGUAGAGACGACUUGGCAGCGAGAACGGAAACUCGUCACGAUUUCCUGGUACACGGAGAUCUGCUUCGAGCGAGCUUAUACGGACGUCAAGGAUAAGACAAUCUUUGGUUCCACAGUACUUUUAUUCUAGGUUAGGCCAACGAGCGACAUGACCUCUAGCAUACUCUAGUUUGUAAUCAUCAAAGCUGUACAAGGUACUUGCUUAAGAAGUAACUGGUGCGAAGUGCUAUUGUUACACGAAUCGCAAUAUUUGGAUAAGGACACAAAGGAGCGGAAAAAAGUCUCUUUGAAGCUAAACAAAAACUACUUAAAUAUUCCAUCUGUUUCUACGACGGAAACAAUCUCAAAAUUAAAAAGACGGAUGUAAUAAACUCUAGGCCAUUAAAGUAGGAAACCUAGGUGAGAAUUUACAGCUCUGAUAUAGAAAACAAUACCUAUCUUAAUUGCAGCAGCGCAGCUUAGGAAAUAGAAAACGGAAAAUCAAUUAAAAGUUUCUGCUUAUUUGCGCAAGAUUGGUUUGGAAACCAUCGCAUGAAAAGAAAUUAAAUCUACGCGUUUAAACUCAGCUGCUAUCUACCAUGAAAACCAAUGUUUCCAGAAAGACCAUUAACACUUAUAUUUACCUAAAAAAAACCCAUGUACUAGAUGGCAAAAGUGCCGACGAGCAGGCGCAUAGUAAAAGCGAGUAAUCGAUAAAAAUCCAUUCUAAAAGCCACUGUGGUUUUUGUACAUUUUUAUUUAACUACCAAGGGAAAAACCCGAAUAACCGAAUAUUUCAAAUGUAAAAGUAUAUGAAUAUAUUUUUAAGAUGUUUAUCCCAAAACCCACGAAAACCCUAAGUACAAUAUUUUUGUGAUAUGUCAACAAUUUACUUUUUCUGGUUAUAACUAAUUUGAAUAAUCAACAAUUUGAAUAGAACAACUCGUUCACCAUUCUUUACCGCUCAACCGGUCGAGUAAAAGAACGAACAAAAUACAGAACUGGGUCUAAACCGAUAAAUAAAUAUAGAAUUUGUCCUAAAGCUAAAAUAUAUAAUUUUUCCCCCUAACAGUAGACUGAUUACAUACCGAAUUGUUGUAAGACGCGUAACGUAUCUUAGAGUCGAUGAAUAGGGUAUAUGGAAAAAGCUUACUCAGAGGGAGCCUAUCUGAACAUCACUUUUUCUUACUUGUAACUUGUGACCGAUUUGAAGAUUAUAUCAUAUGUUUGUCAGGUAUAUGCAGAUACUGCAGAGGCGCUCACAUAAACAGUUUGGAAGCGGGCGAUCCUCCCUCUGACAUCGAAACUGUAACAAGUGAAAUCCCAGUUGCAACAGAGGUGGAGUCCAUGGACCAGACUGCAGGACCAUCUCAGGAACAGAGAGGAAGGGAGUCCCCUGAGACAACCGAAGACGAAUUUGUGUUGCCACGUUUACGCGUGCGAUGUCGAGUUGAAAUUGGAAGUGAGAUAAGACUACAUGUCAUUCCACAAUGUGUUUUCAUGAUGUGUAGAGGCCGAAAGAAAAUAUUGCAAUACAUGUUAAUAAUACGUAACUCAUUUUCAUGCAGAAUACUCAGAAUUAUUCCUUGCUGAGCCCAAACGUUCUGAAUUGCAAUAUUCUGAGUUUUGAUGUUUUAGACAUAGUGAUCUAUGCUGCGUCAUUGGACCUGUGCAUGUCACUGUCGUCCCCAUUAUCAAAUAUAUUACAAUAACAAUUGCGAUCGUAAUUGUUAAGAAUACGAUUUAUCAUUAUUGUUAUUAUUAUUAUUACCAUUAUUAUCAUCAUUAGGAAGAAAUGUAUUCCUAUUAAUAAUUCGUGUGGUGGAGUCAGAUGCGUGGAGUGUUCUGUUAAUCGCCAAACAAGCUUUUUCUCUCUAAUUUUUUUUUGCUACAGCAGGGCGACCCGAAUUCAGACAUUCUCUCGUCGUCGUCGCAGGAGUCGUCGGUGUGGGUAGAGACGUCUCGCGAGUGA